AUGCGCAUAGCUGUGCUUCUUCUAAUUCUAGCCUUGGCCUAUGCAGAAGAUUCUAUGAAUAAAGACGGAGAUGUAGCCAUACCAGAUUCACUGAAAAGUGGUCCACAACGUCCUCCUCCCGACCCAUCCGGAAGAGAAGACGAUGAUGACUAUGAAGCACCACCUGUUGACCCUUUACCACCGGACGUUCAUGCGCCUGCAUUUCCAAAGCUGUCACCUGCAGAAGAUCAAAGCGAUUCUACAACACUAGAUCCAGUAGAAGAAGAGGAAAACUUCGAUUUACCCACAAGGAAGCCGGAGUCAGUGUCCAACGUUCUAGAAAUCAAUAGGACAGAGAUUGAACAAGAAGGAAUGAUAGUUUCUUCGACUGACGAUUAUAUCGAUGUUUCCGAAAAUGGAAGCUUUUUUGGGGAGAAUUCGAUAAAAACAGGAAAGGGGUCAGAACAAUUCAAAACCGACGUUCCGACAUCAGUUGAUGUGCCCACUGCCUUACCCAAUGUAGUAGUCGUUCCACCUGGGCAAAUUGUCGAUGUAAUAAGCUUUGAUGAAAAGAAGACAGUGGAUGAUGGAAGUGAAUCACUGAGUGCAAGCGAAAGAAAAGAAAGUCUAGAGGAGUCACCUAUCUUUGGUAAUCAGAAAGACAUCAAAGAUGAACAGCCGUUCGUUGUUCGGGCUCAAGCAGAUAGCUUAGGAAAGGAUCAUUUCAUUGGUGAAGGCUUGAGCAAACCUAUUUCCAAAAAGAAGAAUGGUAGAAAAUCGGAGAAAUUCCGCAGUAAAGAAGUCGGGGCCACAAUUGCCGACAGAGAAAGCUCACAUGCUAGUAAAGGGCAUUUUGGAGGGGAUUUGAACUUACACGAAGAAAACAAAGAAGAUUUGACAGCUGCGGAAAACAGGGCUAUUGAUGACUUUUUCGAUGGUGUAGACAUAGUAACCGUUUCGACAUCGAGUCCUACGCCCGGACCAUUUUUGAAGAUCGACAGCGCUUCCAAGGGCAAAAAUAUCGUUAUCGGUUAUACACCUGACAAAACUUCAAAACGACUUAUCGUCCACGCAUAUGAUCUGGACAGGAAGAAGAUGCGGGAAGUGGGAGCAGAAUCGUCGUCAUUAGCAAAGAACAAAGUGAAGCCAACUGUAUCUGACAUCGAGAUUACGUCUACGUUGCCAAUUUCAACUUCGGAAAUCACGAACGCACAACUCGUAGAGAUUUUGAAAGCAGAAGAAAGUACUAGCAAGACACUUGUCGAUGCUGAACAUCUCACCACAGACUCUAAACCAAAUGAUAUGGAAAAAGUGCUCAAAUUCGGUGACCUCAUGGAAAUUAUGAGUAAACCAGACAUGCAUAAUAGACAAAAUAUGGAGGUGCUUGCUUCUUCGCAAUUAUCUGAGCAACCAGAAUUCACUACGAAAAAGCCCAAGAAGGACAGGAAAAAGAAAAAGUUUGACAUGCCGAGUGAUUCUCCAUUAUUGGAAAAACUACCCAUUAAGAAGCUUGUAGAGGACGCGACAAAGAAUGACGAAACAGCAACUGUUGGUAGCCUUCCAUGGGAUACCACCAUUCUUCCAGGAACGGUAAUCACUUUGGAAGAAACUUUACCAACCACUUUACCCAAUGCAGAAGACGGCAGCGGGCCGUCCAAGAAGAAGAAUCCCAAAAAGAAGAAUGCUCGCAAAUCAAAAACACCGAAAUCACACAAUGAAACCUCUACUGUCUCCACAACUCUCGCAAGUGAUUCUCCCGAACCGAAAGUUGUAUCAGACAAAGAGAUCCAACUCAAGUUUCCCUUUCCGAUAAGUGUGCUCCCAACAGUCCCAGAAGCUUUAGCCGCUAACGAAACGUUUGACAUGGGGAUUAAUUUUGUUCCACUAGAUGCUAAUUCGACAUCGAUAGAAGGAGAUAAAUCAAACGUAACUGUAGCAACUCCUUUGAAACAGAAGAAGAACAAGAAGAAGCCAUUAAAAUCUGUGCCCAAGAAGAAGGAUUCGGAAAUGAGUGAUAAGAAUAGCACCCUGGAAGACUUCCCUGUUCCAAAAGAAUUGAACACCCAAGGGUUUUCUCUUCCAAACAAUGAGACUCUGACUCUUGACCUUCCCAUUUCGGGAAAAUCUCCCAACAUCUUCCCAUCGGAACCCUUGGAAGAGGAAACAAUCACACCUGAUCUAGAAAGACUAGAGAUAAAACAUGAAGAAUCUAUGGACAGCAUUCCUAAGAAGAUCGAGGUAGUCAAUCCCUCAACAACUGCAUCCUCAACUACAGUUGGAGUCACAUCGAAACCCCAGUUGCGGGUAGAAAAGGUAUCUGUUUCUGGACUUUCUGGAUCCGACGAUCUUGGCACAAAGCCAGCGUUUUUGAUUGUGGAAACACCCAAAUCAUCGAAAGUCCCCACAGACAAGAGAGCAAGUGGUGACAACAGUGACCAUAAUCUCGUUAUCUCCGUACCUUCGGAUUUAGAGGGUUCAAAAUCAAGCAAUGAUGAGCCUCAACCAAUUAACAAACCGCUUAUUCUAAACUUACCACUUCCCCAUCCACUUCCUCUAAAUAUUACAAUCACCCGGAAGAGAAAAAGCCAGCGUAAACACUCGAAAUCCAGUUCGUACACGGAUGAUACAGUUAAGGAUUCUGCGUUGCAUAAAAACCCUUGGAAAAUCAAAAUGAGACCAAAAUCAGAACUGAAGUUAGAGCGGAGCGUUUCUGCUGCUUCCCCACAAGCUGCACCGGAAUUAGAGAGUCUUACUCCCGAAGAAAAAGCUUUCAACGAAGGCAGAGCUAAGUCUGAAGACCAACCAGAGUCAACGAAGAUGAGAAACACAAGGGUUACCACACAUGCCAUGACCACAACAACAGAGGCAAUGUACGUGACGGCGCCAGGCGAACGGACAACUGCUCCGCUAGAAGUUCUACAUUUUCCAACCGAAGAAGAAGUUGCCAGCGCUGACGAGCCCAUUCUCAGCGGAAGUUUCGCGGAAAUGGUAGAAAAAACGCUGAAAGAGCCAGAAGCAAAGACUAUGGAGUUCAGCUUACAAGAAGAAGAGGAUUUCUUAAAAGCUACAAUUCCACCGGGCGAUUUGGGAAGCAUAAGCGAACAACGAUCCGACUUGCCCGAACCUAGUGGCGCUAAAGACUCCCUCUUUUCCAACAGCGACUUCAUCAAGAGGAUUGAUUACCGCCCAAAUGGGGAGAUUUUAUCUACACAAACUGCUGCUUUGCCUACAACAACAGAAAAAUGGAAGCCCUACCAAUUCGACUGCAAGGUGGAAGUUGACGAUAAGGGAGCUUUAUGCGCAGAGUGGGCAGUUGCAGGGUUGUGCACAUCACAUCGACCAACAAUGUUUCUUUUCUGCAGGAGGACAUGGAUUCUGCAGUUCUGGAAAUUAUCAGAACACUUCAACAUGGCAAUGGUAAACGGUGAACAGCACAUUGACGAAAAUAAAGAGAAUCAUGUGGACCAAUCUGAGGCACCAGUGGAGAAAAAUGAGGUCGAUUUGCUCAAGGAAGAAGUGCGCAAGUUCACCACGAUCGUCGCGAAUCCGAGUGUGCGCCUUCAGCUACAAGCGUACUCCUCGCUUUGCAAAGUAGUCAAACAGAUCGAAACACUUCCGGAGCCAUUUAUCAAAGGGAUUGUAAAAAUUGUCACCGCGGCUUGUGUCUUCCGUUACUCACACAAGCAGAGUUUUAAGGCUGUAGAGAAUCUGUUGAAUGCCUUAGCUAAACAUGAGUCUGGGGCAACUGCGAGAUCAUUGGCUCAGAGUGUUCAAACACUCUUUCCACUGGUCUCGAAUAUCAGUGACAGCAUUGGAUGUGUUGCAAUCCCUCCGGCGAAGUGGCUCUUGCAAUUGAUCCCACGGGUACCUGAUGCUGUCAUGCCGGAAAUUACCUCCGCCUUGGGUAACCUGUCUUUCUACUGCUGCGCCAGCCCGAAAGCUUCUAAAAUAAUCAAAAAGAAGUUGAUGUUGGCUUGUCGCAACAAAGAGCUGGCGAAAAGGAUUUGUCAGGGUAUAGAUGAAGUCAGUAAAGAUGCUUCUUCUGCAAAGAAGAUCACGUGUCUGAUGUCGAUGCUUUCCACGGUUUGUGAUGGCUUAGAUCAUGCACUUUUCCUAGAUGUUUUCUCUAAAUCGGUGUUGCUUCCGAAAGUACGUGCUGAGCAGUUUGUCAUUGACAGUUGUGAGGAUGCCCUUGGUCAAAUUUCUGAAUCAACAUUUUCCGAUACACUUUUGCCUAACAUGAAAAAGGCAUUGCUCAGAAGUCCGGAAGUCGCUAUCUUUGGCGUUGUAAAAAUACUGAAAUCAGUAGCGUUUCCACUCGAUAAGUACUCCAACGAUUUGAUCAAGGGAUUAGGAGCUCUUCUGAGUUCAUCUUCCGAUGAGUUGAGGGAUGCCGCUAUAGAUGGGAUUGUUGCAAUUGCCAAUCUUGCGGAAGCUCCUGUUGUCGAGAAAAUCGUGAACUAUUUGCUUGAGCAAUUGUCUGCUGCCAAAACUUCCGAGCAGCGCGUUGCUUUCUUGGAUGGUGUGGCGAAAUGCGCCAAAGCUAAAAUCGCCAAUCCGGAUGCAUUGGAAAAAAUUGCAGCUAACAUCGUUUCUAAGUUGACUGUGCCGGAUAAGGAGGCCCAUGAGAAUGUAGUGGCCGCGCAAUGGAAGGCUUCGACCAUCUGGGCUAGGAGGUUAAACAACAACUCACCAGCACUGAUUUCUGCUUUCAAGAAUGCGCCGCAACUGCCUGUUCCUGUUCGUCAUAUUGGAUACAGAUCAUUGGCGAAUAUUUUCACUAGCCGGGACAUGAAAUCGUUGCCAGCUGAGUCAGAAAAGCAGCUUUGGCAAGAACUCGACGCUUCUGUGAAAGAACCUCUACAGUUUAUCUCACUGGCGUCUUUGUUGCUCAAAAGCUGUGAAUCUGGGACCCCGAACCAUACGAAAGUUUGGAGCAAAAUCACGAAAUACGACAGUAUCUUGAAGGACAAGCCACUGGGUUCAAUAUGCACUGACGAUGCCAUCGCUUGGAUCGAUUUGUUGGAGAAAUCCAUAUUGGAAAGGCCGUUUUCAGACACGCCUGGUUCUUAUCCUCCUUUCUUGCUAAAAUCAAUGACGCUUCUUUUGUUUUGGCCUGAUUGGCAAGUGAGGAAAAGGGCGUCAUUAGCUGUAGAAAGAAUUUUGGUAAUCGAAGAGUCUUAUUUUGCUGAGGCUCUUGCUGACGUCAUAUUUCUCGAAACUGUCAGCGGAUUUGUUGAUCAGACCCUUAAAAAAGUACGAAGUAGUCAUCCAGAUCCAUCUACAUUCACAGUUCCGGGGGAAUGGUACGUUCAGGCUGUCCGUUUGCUUCUCACACCCAAAGGACCUGAACUUGAAAAGCUUGCCAUUCAUACCCUUCUCCUUGCGUCUUUGCCCAGGCUAGUCGAAGUUGAUGGCUCAGUGUGGCUGAGAUGGGUUCAUAGCCAGGCAGACAGCAACCGCUGGAAAGAAAGUGAUGUGUUUAGAAAAACAGCAAUUGAUCGGGUGUUGCAAUGUCCAGACCGUAAAGUACGGGACAAUGCGCUGAUCACUUUAGUAGCGUUGAAUGUCCCUUCUGUUCGAGACGCGUUGUGGGCCCACAUUGAAAAUAGUGUCAAUGAACUGGAUGUUAACGAGUAUAUAAGGAUCCCAGAAAAGCAUGUAGCGAUUUUCCAGUGUCAGGAAGGGCAUCUGUACAACACUGAAGUGCUUGACUUCGAUGAAGGUGAAAUCAGCUAUAAUAUGAAGCGUGAAAACAAGGCAUACAGCUUUCGAGAGCAGUUAGCUGAAAUGCAUCUCAGAAGAGAGUUAGCAGAGAAGAAGCGCAAGGAGGGCAAGCUAACUGCUGCGCAGAAGCAAGUUAUGGAGAAGGAACUAGCAAAAGAGAAGGAGAUCCGAAACGAAAUGCGUCAUAUGUACGACACAGCUGAGGCUAAGCUAGAUGAAGCUAGAGCGAUGGUCGCUGCAGAUAACCAAGGAGCAUUUGCUAGACCUGAGCUUCUUUUCAAUUUCUGCAUUCCAUUGACUCGAAGCCAUUUGGUGAGCAAGAAUGCAGCGAAGCUGUUUCUUGCCUAUAGAGAUAUUGCUUUUCCGCAUUUGGAAGAUUACUCAGAUGAACUGCUCGGCAGCACUAUGUUGCGUGUUAUCGGCUCACACUGGCGUGUUCCGAAUUGGUCAGAGGAACCUCUAUCAUCAGCUCUGGAUCGUAGCCUACAAGUGCUCAAUGAACGCGCUUUUGUGGUAGAGACUGGUGAUGAUGAAGAUUCGUUUGUUUUCGAAGACAUUGUUGGAGCGACUCAGUUAACCCUUCUGUAUCCAAUGAUUCGUCUACUUCUCGAUCCUUCGAAUGGCUACUCUGAAAGUAUCAGGGACGCGACAUUAACCCUUCUUCAGAACGCCAUACAUAAGCGAUUUUUGAAGGAUGGAUCUGUGCUGCAACUUCCCAUGAAUGAAUAUGCCACGCUUUUAUUAACAGAGUAUGCAAGGAGUCUAACUGCUCCCUCCAAGCAGGCUCUGAUCAACUUGGCCUCUCUUGCCAACGAUACGGAAGAUACCGGACCGCGAGUUGUCAGUUUGGCUAGAGGCGCUCUGAAAUAUCUGGAUGAUGAAAGCUGCGAUGUCAGGGAAACAGUACUAAAUGUACUAUCAGCGCCAAAUCUCCUCACUCGUCUUGUCCUUUCUUCUGAAGAUCCGGAUUUCCCCAUAGAAUGUCUUGUUCGAAUCUUUGUCGCCCGCUUUGACUCUUUCGAAGCUGUUGCCGACAAGGCUGAAAAGUUGUGGUACAACUCGUCGUUCCAUCUGAGACCGGAAAUGGCUGAACCGCUCAUCGAUAAAUGUGUGUCUGAUGUUGGUUUUGUUCGUGAGUCAGCUGCCAAUGCAACUGCAGCUUUCGUUCAAGAGAUCGCCACCAGUAUGCCUGCUCUUCUGAAUAAACUUGAUGACGUGUAUACAGACUUGGCACAAGUACGUCCUGCAGUGUAUGAUGAAGUUGGAAGAAUGGUCAUGGAAAGCAGAGACGAGUGGGCCAAACGUAGCGGAGUUGGGCUUGUACUGGGGCGAUUAGCUGAGCAUGUGAAAGUGGACGAUGCAAUGCGAUUUAUCAAGCUUAUUGCUCCUCAUGGACUAGCCGACCGCAGCGCAGAGUGUCGUAAUGGAAUGCGUAACGCAGCCGUGGAAGUUAUUCGCAAACACGGAAAGGACAUAAUGCCUGAAUUGCUGCCAUUUUUGGAGAAUCUUUCCGAUGCUACUCCAAGUGGAGGCGAGCACGAUAAUCUACGACAAGGGCUUGUUGUACUACUCGGAACUUUGGCUCAAUACUUGGAUCCAUCUUCUGAUAAGGUGCGAGCCAUCGUGGCACGACUUAUGGAAGCGCUGUCGACUCCUAGCCAAGCGGUUCAAGAAUCAGUAUCGCGUUGUCUAUCGCCGCUGGUGCCUGCAAUCAAGGAUACGGUGAAAUCGUUGGUACAAAAACUGCAAUGGCUGUUGUUCGAAGCUGAGUCUUAUGGUGAACGAAGAGGAGCUGCUUAUGGUAUUGGCGGAAUUGUCAAAGGAAUGGGAGUGGCUUCACUCAAGGAAUUAGAGCUUCUGCCAGCCAUUCACAAGGCGCUUCUCGAGAAGAAGAACGUUAAGCAUCGGGAGGGUGGACUGCUAGCACUAGAGAUCCUGUGUAGUACUGUGGGAAAGCUGUUUGAGCCGUACAUGAUCCAGACGCUGCCUUCUCUUCUGCUAUGUUUUGGAGAUAGUGAUGAGAAUGUCAGGAAAGCAGCUGAGGAUACUGCUGUGGCAAUGAUGUCAUCGAUGUCACCCCAUGGGACAAAGCUUGUGUUACCUUCGCUGCUUACGGCGCUGGAUGACGAGUCUUGGCGAACGAAGUGCGCGGCGGCUGAACUACUUGGUUCGAUGGCCUUCUGUGCACCGAGGCAGUUGUCGGCAUGCUUACCGAACAUCGUCCCCAAGCUUAUUGAGGUCUUGGCUGAUUCAUCAUCCAAGGUUCAACGAAGUGGUGAAAAAGCAUUAAGACAAAUUGCUAGUGUCAUAAGGAACCCUGAAAUCCUAGGAGUUAGCAAUCAGCUGAUGUCCGGACUUCUCGAUCCUGCCAGCAAAACUAAUUAUGCCCUACAGGCCGUUCUCAACACCAAAUUCAUUCAUUACAUCGAUGCGCCUUCACUAGCUCUUAUAAUGCCGAUAGUUCGACGAGCAUUCGAGGACAGGAACAGUGAGACCAGAAAAGUUGCAGCGCAAAUUAUAGCGAGCAUAUACUCCUUGACUGAAAAUAAGGACAUGGAGCCAUACCUGUGUGAUCUGGUACCUGGGUUGCAAAAGUCGCUUUUGGAUCCUGUGCCAGAGAUUCGUACAGUUGCUGCUCGAGCCCUUGGAGCAAUCGUGGCGAGGUCGACUGGCACAACUAGCGAUAGGCUGCGCGAGAGCAUUGUGCCAUGGCUGAAAGAGAAACUGGUGUCUCCGGUGUCAACUGUGGAUCGUUCCGGUGCUGCACAAGGUCUUUCGGAAGUGCUUGCUGGCAUUGGUUCAGAGCAACUCGAGUUUGUCAUGCCUGAGAUUAUCGCAGCGACUGAGAGUCCAGAGGUCAGCGCCGAAACACGCGAUGGUUAUAUUCUCAUGUACAUCUAUCUGCCCAUGGUCUUUGGAGAAAAAUUCUUACCGUAUCUACCCCAAAUUGUACCGCCCAUCCUCAAAGCAUUGGCCGAUGAGAAUGAAUACGUGCGAGCGUCUGCACUCAAAGCAGGUCAACGUCUUAUUGCUCAGUACUGCUCACAUGCUCGUCGUUUGCUUCUGCCUCAGCUACAGAUGGCUCUGUACGAUGAGAACUGGAGAAUCAGGCAUGCAGCAGUCACUCUUAUCGGAGACUUCUUGUUCAAUAUAUCGGGAGUUUCUGGUAAAAGUACUACAUCCACAGCAAAUGAAGACGAUACUAUGGGCAUGGAACAAGCUGGCAAGAGCAUUGUACGUGCGCUGGGUCAACAGUGUCGCGAUCACGUUCUGGCUGGACUUUAUCUGGCGAGAUCCGAUGUGGCACUUGUAGUCCGGCAAGCCGCUGGUCAUGUUUGGAAGAUCGUUGUUGCUAAUACGCCACGAACACUCAAAGAAAUCAUGAAAGUGUUGUUUGAGAUGGUGGUUGAUUCCGUUGCAUCUCCAUGUGAGGAAAGGCAACAGAUGGGUGCAAGAUGUUUGGGUGAAUUAGUGAGGAAGAUGGGUGACAAGAUCAUUAACGAGGUUCUACCCGUGCUGGAAAUGAACCAAAAAUCUGAAGAUCUUGAGAAACGAGUAGGGGUAGCUGUCGCACUGCAUGAAAUCAUGGAUAAUACCACAAAGGAUGUUCUUAGUCAUUACCUAGAGAGUUUGGUGACACCAGUUCGCAAUGGCAUUUGCGAUUCUUCGCCAGUGGUACGAUCAGCGGCUGCCGACACCUUCUCAGUGUUGUACCAGAUGGUCGGUCACGAAGCACUGGAUGAAAUCAUCACGCCUCUACUUGAGAAGCUAACACCUGAAAAGGAAGAUGUCUUGGCUGGAUUAUGUGAAAUCAUGAAGCAGAACAGUAGGCAAAUGCUACCUUAUUUGUUGCCACGCCUUACCCGUCCACCAAUCAACGUGCAUGCACUCUGUAGCUUGGCUUCCGUAGCAGGUGGUUCCCUUUCGCGGCAGUUAUCCCGUGUUUUGGAUGCGUUGCUCUCAGCUUGUGAAACAAAUGACCAGUAUGAUCCGAUGAUUGACAGCUGUGAGAAAGUCGUAAUAGCGGUGACUGACGAUGAAGGAGUACCAGUGCUCGUAGACUAUCUACUCAAGCAAGCUAGUAAAGGGAAUGUACCUGCCAUAGUAUUGCUUCACACUUUCGUUUCCAAGAGUGGAGUGAAUCUCAAUUAUCUUGUGGGAGAUUUGCUUCCUGGAUUGCUAAACUUGUACACAUCAACAAAUGCACAAAUCAUCGACCAUGCUGUGAACUCUGCCAUAGGUGUGGCUCAGGCUUUGGAUCAAAAGGAAAUGCAGGAGACUAUCCCGAUAGUCAAGAAAGCUCUAAACUACAUGGUAGCUCAAUCAAGAGGUCGCGAUAUCUCUGGAUUUGCUCAUCCAAAGGCCCUGCAACCUCUACUUCCCAUGCUGAGGGAGUCUAUUUUGCAAGGUGGUGUCGAACUGAAGGCUUUGGCUGGAGAAGCUCUUGGAAUGGUGAUUUCCGUUUCGGAUCCAGCGGCACUCAAACCGCAUGUUGUUAACAUCACUGGUCCGCUUGUUCGAGUGCUGGGUGAUCGCUACCCAGCCAGUGUUAAACUGGCUGUUCUGGAUGCGUUGAGUAAAUUGCUGGAUAAGGUUGAUACGUUACUCCGUCCUUUCCUUCCCCAGCUUCAAUCUACAUUCUUGAAAGCACUGCAAGAACCAUCAUCGCGACAAGUUCGACUUGCGGCCGGUGGGGCUCUUUCGCGUUUGUUACGAAUUCAUAUGAAACCGGAGCCGCUGGUCUGUGAAAUUCUGAAGUUAUUAGCCCACUCACAGGAUCAGUCUCUUCUUGAAACGACGUUCGUUGCUGCUCGUGCUUUGAUCGGUAAACUGACUGCCCCAUUGUCGGAUGCUACCAUUCAAGAAGGGUACCGAGUGUGCGAGCUGCAAUAUACGGUACCCGUGGAUACUCCAACUGAGUUGGAUACCUCGCUGACGAUGUGUAGUGGCGCGUUCUAUGGUGGAAUUGCCGUCAGGACAAACCAGUUCCAGUCGAAGAACAUCUUCAAAGAUGUUGAAAGCUGCUCAAAACCACGCGUUCGUCAAGCUAUGGCGUACGCACUGCAGCAGAUGUGCCAAUCUGAUGCAGCUACUGUCUGGUCGGAGGCUCAGGCUGGAUGUCGCGCAGCCAUUCAAGCUGCCUUGUCAGCAGACUCUACUGUGGCCUGUUCGGCUUUGCGUGCUGCAGCAUACAUUAUGAUUAGUGAGGGUCUCAGUCCUGACCGAGAACUUCUUUCCGCUGUGGGCCGUGCUUUGAGUCAUCAAGCCGUUGAAGUUCGAAGAGUGGCUGCUGUUAUAUUAGGACAUGUACUACACCAAACUCCUAGCCAAUUGGGGAAUGACCUUUUGAAGCUCAUAGUUCCUCAUCUUGUCAAUGGAGCGAAGGAAAGCAACUCCGCAGUUCGCUCUGCCUCUGAAUUGGCUCUAGUAUAUGCAUUCCGCUUCCAGGAAGGGCAGGAUGGAUUUGAUAAAUAUCUGCAGUCAGUCGAAGGAGCGGCAAGAUCGGUGGUUAAUGAAGUGCAAGUGGCCCUUAGACGUCUUGUAAAGAGCGGGGAUCUCACCCUGGAGCCACUCAAUAACAUUCUCACAGUCCAAGAGGAAUUUCGACCCAUCAUUGGGUUGGAGGUGCAUGUACAACUAAAUACUCGAAGCAAAUUGUUUUCCUCCGCUCCUCUAGCUGAUGAUGUUGCACCAAAUACACAUGUGGCUGUGUUGGACAUGGCUACUCCAGGGACCUUGCCAGUGCUCAACAAAGCUUGCGUGAUGCAUGCACUUCGACUCGGACUGCUGCUAAACUGCGAAAUACCACCCAGUUGUCGCUUCGACCGCAAGCAUUAUUUUUACGCUGAUAUGCCGGCCGGGUAUCAAAUAACUCAAAGUGAAAGACCGAUUGCUAAAAAUGGGAAAUUCUGUUUCUCAGUGUACAGCGAAGAUGUGCAAUCGUAUACAAAGGAGGCUGGCAUAAUACAACUGCAGUUGGAGCAGGAUAGUGGCAAAUCCAUCCAUUUUGGUCCUGUUUCUUUGAUUGAUCUCAAUCGUGCAGGUACUCCUCUUGUGGAAGUAGUCACUGCUCCGGACUUUUCUACAGCUUUAGAAGCAAUGUGCUUCGUACAACAACUUCGCCUUCUUCUGAUGCAUCAUAAAAUAUGCAGAGGGGAAAUGCACAAGGGUCAUCUGCGAGUCGAUGCCAAUGUAUCGCUGACACAUUUGGGUGACAAAGGAGUUCGAACAGAGAUUAAGAAUAUCAAUAGCCUGCGACACCUGCACACUGCCAUCAACUUUGAAAUAGAUCGCCACUACAAAGUGAUCUCCAGUGGAGGAACCGUUGUGAAUGAGACGAGAAUGUGCGAUGAACAAGGGAGAACUGUUUCGAUGCGAGACAAGGAAGUUAAAACGGACUACCGAUUUAUGCCUGAACCUAAUCUACCUACAUUGAAGAUUCUACCUCAAUGGCUCGAGGAGUGUAAAGCUUCUGUCUCGACUCUUCCGAGCUAUAUGGAGUACCAAAAAUUGGGGUUCGAUGCAAGAAGAGCCAUCUAUUAUGCAGAAAACCCUUCUCUGUCAAAUUUUUUGAAUCACUGCGUUGAUUGUCUACCAAAAGUUGGUGCGGACAAUUUCGUAUUUUGGAUGAAUGAGCUGAAACUGAUUAUGCAAAGAAGCAAAGCAACAUAUCCUCCUGAAAAUCCAGCGUUUGCGAAACAGUUUAUGGCUAUUGUUGAAUACUACGUCAACCACAAGAUUACCAAAUUACGAGCUCUGGAAGCUUUGAGACUAUUUGUAACAAAGGUUCAGGAUGCUGCAGAGUACUUCGAGAAAGAGAACGCUUGGCGGAUAACUGACGAAGGGCAGAUCUCAACUAUGGCAGAAGAAAUCUUGAAAGCGAAUGAAAAAGUGGCUUUGAAAGCCGCGGCAGGACAUGCUAAAUCGCUAUCAAAGCUGAGAAAGUUGUUGGUGGACAGAUCCGACAAGAGGAUUGAAGUUGAGGACGCUGACAAGACGAUUGCUGCUGGGAUAGAGAGGCUGAAAAGUGUACGAGAAAGGGUUCCUUAG